CUUAAAUUUCACAUGGUAGAUUUCUUUGGAUAGUAUUUAUAUAUACAUACAAUGAAAGUCUUAGCCGAACUUCCGACAGACCUCAAUGCUGAGGCUAUGGUCCUGGACGCUCCAGAACAGAAAACGUUUUGCGACCGCCCGUUCCCCCUAGUUCUGCGACCCAAGGACGGCACAUGCGCGUCGACGAUCAGUACGCUGCAGUGGGUAGCCACAAACCGCGAUAGUCUUCAGGAGCUGCUUCUAAAUUUCGGCGCAAUUCUCUUUAGGGACUACUCAUUAAAUACGGCCGAAGAUUUCGACGCUUUCGUGAAAUCGUUCGAUUACGAACCACUUCCAUACGUUGGCGGCGCGGCGCCGAGGAGGGUUGUCACCGGAAAUGUGUUCACAGCGAACGAGGCGCCACCGGAUCAGCUGAUUCCUUUUCAUCACGAAAUGGCUCAAGUGCCUACAUUCCCAUCCGCUCUGUUCUUUUACUGCGACACGGAACCUAGUACGGGCGGACAAACGCCGCUCGUGAUAUCUAAUCAGGUUUAUAACGAGAUGUGCAAAAGAGACAAAUUAUUUGUCGAAGCACUUGAGGAGAAAGGCGUUGUCUACCAUCGGGUUCUGCCUGAUGGAGAUGAUCCUACUUCCCCUAUUGGCCGCGGUUGGCAGUCAACAUACCAGACUACCGACAGGAAGGAGGUCGAGGACAAAUGCCACGAGCAGGGCACAGUCUUCGAGUGGCUCCCAAAUGGCUGCCUCCGCACAAGCACCGCCGUACUUCCGGCUGUGAGAGUAGACCCUCGCACUGGAAUCAAAACCUGGUUCAAUUCUAUUAUUGCAGCUUACCUCGGGUGGAGCGACAGCAGAAACGACCGGAAGAAAGCCGUGACGUUUCCUGACGGGACACCGAUGCCAGAAGACUCUAUGGAAACACUUAACAACGUGUUUGAAGAAUUAGCGAUCGACUUCAAAUGGCAGAAAGGUGACGUGGUUAUGGUUGACAAUAGACAGGUCCUACACGGCCGUCGAUCUUUUACACCGCCUCGAAGGAUUCUCGCCGCCCUCUGUAAAUAGCCGUGCUUAUUGACCAUUGCUUUGUACCAUGGUGAUCAAAUGUUUGCAUUGUUCGUAUUCUAGUUGCAUUGAACUGUUUUUUUCAAUCGAUAGAGAUUUGUUGAUCACCUUUCACGUAAGUUAUACGCUGAAAUAAAACCGUUGGAAAAAUCA